AUAUACUUAAGGCCACUUCAAUGUAAAAAUUCAACAGUAAUUCUUCAUAUAAAAGGAUCCUGGAUUGGAACAAAUAAACUGAUAUCAAAAUGACAACAAAUCUGCAUUGUAAAAUAUUUGGAAUAAAUGUAACCUGCCUUAAAUGGAAGAAACAGGCUAUUGCCUUAUAUGGUAUGUUCUAUUUUCUGAUGUUGAUUAGAUAUUAUGCCUUAGAAGGCAAUAACAAGAACAAGAAUAUGUGUUCACCAAAUGCACAGAAUAGUGACUUACAACUAGAAUUCCCCAGGGAAAAAUAUGAAGGAAAUAUCCCCUUAGAUGAAGUGGAACCAAACCCUUUCCUGAAGAAGUACCAGUAUCAGUCGUGUAAGAUGUGCACACUACCUAAGAGAAUAUUCCUCAUAAAGAACACCAUGCGCUGUAAAGCUCCUGAGAUUGACUUGGUCAUUCUGAUUAACUCGUACCAUGCUAAUGUGAACCAUCGCAAUGCCAUAAGGAACACUUAUGGACAGUCAGAAAUUAUGGCCAGAUUGAAAAUAACAUAUGUAUUCCUAUUGGGUGUUAACAAAGAUGAGAAACUAAAUGCUCAAAUUGAGAAAGAAUCCAGAAUUUACGGAGAUAUUGUACAAGGAGAUAUAGAGGAACGCUACCCUAAUCUGGCACUUAAGACCAUAAUGGGAUUUGAAUGGACCACCAAAUACUGCAGAUACGCCAAAUAUGUGUUGAAAACCGACGAUGAUAUGUUUUUGAAUGUUCAGCUUAUAAAACAAAGCAUCCUACAUGGGGCCUUAGUGGAUGAAAACACAAUCAAGGGAGCCUGUUUGGGAUCUGGAUAUGUACAUAGAUGUCCCAGAUCCAAGUGGUACGCCUCAUAUAGAUCAUACCCCCAUCAAUACUAUGGGCAGUUCUGUUUGGGGGCUGCCCUAUUUAUGACUAAAGACACUUCC